AUGGAUGAAGCCCAGCCUCAAGAACAAGCUGUAUUCCGUCAGGGGUUCCGCUGCUUGGACCACAUCCAGACCGUGUCGAGGGUCAUAGAUUUUUGCUGGGAAUACCUCCUGCCCAUUGUUCUAACCUUUUUCGACUAUGAGAAAGCCUUCGACAGCGUAGAAACGAAAGUAACACUGUCAGCGUUAAUCGAUCAAGGUGUGGACGCUUCGCAUGUGAGGACAUUAGCCAAUUGCUACGACCGAUCACGAAAAUACAGCAUCUCCACCGCUCUCUCACCAUACCCAUCUGAAGAGGGGUACGACAAGGCGAUAGUAUAUCGCCGAAGCUGUUCACUGCUGCAUUACAAUGGAUAG